ACCCUGUGGUCAGGGAAGCCCUACGGGAAAUGAGUGGCGGGGCCGAGGCAGCUUGAGAGGUGGCCAGGCUGCGGCUGCCUUUGCCAGAGCCAGCUCCCACUGAGGACCCCUCCAAGGACUCAUCCACAGUCCAUCCUUCCACAGGCGUCUGGGAGGACAGGCGCGAUGACCGACUCCCCAUUCCUGGAGCUGUGGCCGUCUAAGGAGGUGUCCAUCCAUGGGCGGCUGGGCAUCGGGGACCAGCCCAAUGACUCCUACUGCUACAACUCAGCCAAAAAUGGCACUGUGCUCCAGGGGGUCAACUUCGGUGGCAUCCCCACCGUCCUGCUCAUAGACUUCUGCUGCUUCCUGUUUUUAAUAUUGGUGUUUUCCAUCAUAAGAAGAAGAUUCUGGGAUUAUGGCCGUAUUGCCUUGGUGUCAGAAGCAGACAGUGGGUCCAGAUUCCAGAGAUUAUCGUCGUCUUCCUCCUCAGGGCAACACGACUUUGAAAGCGAGCUGGGAUGCUGCCCCUGGCUGACGGCGAUCUUCAGUCUGAGCGAUGACCAGAUCCGCGAGCGGUGUGGGGAGGACGCCAUCCACUACCUGUCCUUCCAGAAACACAUCAUCUUCCUGCUGGUGGUGGUCAGCUUCCUGUCUCUGUGUGUCAUCCUGCCCGUCAACCUCUCGGGAGACUUGCUGGACAAAAACCCUUACAGUUUUGGGAGGACGACAAUAGCAAACCUACAGACUGGCAACAACCUCCUUUGGCUGCACUCCGUCUUUGCCGUCAUUUACCUCUUCCUCACCGUGGGCUGCAUGCGGCACCACACCCGGUCCAUCAGGUGCUCAGAGGACAACCUGGUGAGGCGGACGCUGUUCAUCACAGGACUCCCCAGAGAUGCCAGGAAGGAGACCGUGGAGAACCACUUCCGGGACGCGUACCCCACGUGUGAAGUGGUGGAGGUCCAGCUCUGCUACAAUGUGGCCAGGCUGAUGGACCUGUGCCAGGAGAGAAAAACGACCGAGAAGAGCCUGACCUAUUACACAAACCUGCAGAUGAAGACAGGCCAGAGGACCCUCAUCAACACCAAGCCCUGCGGCCAGUUCUGCUGCUGCGAAGUGCCAGGGUGUGAGCGGGAGGACGCCAUCUCUUACUACAGGGGCAUGAAGGACCGGCUGAUGGAGAAGAUCACAGAGGAGGAAUCCAGGGUCCGGGAACAGCCCCUGGGAAUGGCCUUCGUCACCUUCCAGGAGAAGUCCAUGGCCACCUACAUCCUGAAAGACUUCAACGCCUGCAAGUGUCAGGGCCUUCGGUGCAAAGGUGAGCCCCAGCCGUCCUCCCAAAGCAGAGAGCUCUGCCCCUCCAAGUGGACGGUCACCUUCGCUUCUUACCCCGAGGACAUCUGCUGGAAGAACCUCUCUGUCCAGGGCCUCCGCUGGUGGUUCCAGUGGCUGGGCAUCAACUUCACUCUCUUCGUGGUGCUGUUUUUUCUGACCACACCCUCCAUCAUCCUGUCCACCAUGGACAAGUUCAAUGUCACCAAACCCAUCCGUGCGCUGAAUGACCCAAUCAUCAGCCAGUUCUUCCCAACCCUCCUCCUGUGGUCCUUCUCAGCCCUGCUCCCCACCAUCGUCUACUACUCUACGCUGCUGGAGUCUCACUGGACCACGUCAGGGGAAAACCGGAUCAUGAUGACCAAGGUCUACAUAUUCUUGAUCUUCAUGGUGCUAAUUCUGCCCUCUCUCGGCCUCACCAGUCUGGAUUUCUUCUUCCGGUGGCUCUUUGACAAGACUUUCUUGGAGGCCUCUGUCAGGUUGGAGUGCGUCUUCCUGCCCGACCAGGGCGCCUUCUUUGUGAACUACGUCAUCGCCUCGGCCUUCAUCGGCAACGGCAUGGAGCUGCUGCGGCUGCCCGGCCUCAUCCUCUACACCUUCCGCAUGGGCAUGGCCAAGACGGCCGGCGACCGCAGGAACGUCAAGCAGAACCAGGCCUUCCAGUCUGAGUUUGGAGCCAUGUACGCGUGGAUGCUGUGCGUCUUCACCGUCGUCAUGGCCUACAGCAUCACCUGCCCCCUCAUCACGCCAUUCGGCCUCGUCUACAUCCUGCUCAAGCACAUGGUGGACCGGCACAACCUCUACUUCGUUUACCUCCCGGCCAAGCUGGAGAAGAGGAUCCACUUCGCGGCUGUGAGGCAGGCUUUGGCUGCUCCCAUCCUGUGCCUGUUCUGGCUCUACUUCUUCUCCUUCCUGCGCCUGGGUCCGAUGGCCCCUCCCACCCUGUUCACCCUUCUGGUCGUGCUGCUCACCAUCCUGGUCGGCCUGGCCUACACCUGCUUCGGAUGCUUUAAGCACCUCAUCCCUCUGAACUACAAGACAGAAGAAAUGGCAAGUAACACAGGAAGCAAGGCAGAGGCCCACGUGCCUCCACCCUUCACACCCUACGUGCCCCGGAUUCUGAACAGCUUGGCCUCUGAGAAAACAGCCCUGUCCCCGCAGCAGCAGCAGACCUAUGGCGCCAUCCACAACAUCAGUGGAACCGUCCCGGGGCAGGGCCUGGCCCAGAGUCCUGGGGAUGGUGUGGCCCCUGCCUACCAGGAGGCCUGAGGGCCUGUGAGCUGCCAGGCUCUGGGAGCCGGGAGGUGAGGGGACACUGCUGGAGAAGCAGCUUGACUCUGACCCCAACCCGGACUUCUUUCCACCUGUCUUCAGCCCCACUGCUCUAAAUAGAUGGGACCGGGAAGGGGCUCAGGCCCUGGGCUGAUGGGAGGGCGGGACUGCCAUCGGGUGGUGGUCUUUUCUGGUCACAGCUGCCCAGCGGGGAGCCCGUGCAGCUCCAGCCGCCUGAGGCUCUGCCCAUUUCCAGUGCCCCUUCUGCACAAGCGGCCAGCUCAAGCUGGGACGAUGUCCCCAGUGAUUUUUAGGCAAGAUCAUGUGUUGGAAUCGUGUCCCUCCAGACCCAUUAGCUCGGAUGACUGCCAGGUCACAGGGAGAGGGUAACAAGUGGAAGACCUUCUCCCUUCUGAGCACGCAGACCCCGCC